AUGAGCAGCAGGCGGUUGCUCUUCAAGAAGCACUCCAGCCUCGGGAUUGACAGGGAUGGCGAGUCGGAGAAGAGCUCCAGCAGCCCGCAGAUCUCCGCCGCUUUGGAGGUCGAGGCGGUGGUGGGCCGCAAGAACAGUUUGACGAUGAGCCAGAAGAAUGUCCUGACCGAGUUCGCCAACAUGUGGCAGGACGUUGAGAUUCGCUUCGACACGGCCAAGAACGCCCUCUCGCUCCUGCCGGGCGAGGCGGGGCUCGCGACCCUGCACGACGUCCAGGACGCCAAGUGCCAGACGACCACGCCGGGCAUCCUCCUCGUCACGAACCUGCGCAUCGUGUGGGUGGACAAGUCCAAGUCGAAGGCGCUGAACCUCUCGAUCGGCCUGGGCACCGUCCUGGGCGUCAAGAUGGAUGAGAAGGCCUCGCGGACGGGCGGCGAGACGACGCGCGUGGAGCUCCUGUGCCGCUUCAACCAGUCCAAGUACCACUUCAUCUUCCUCUCGUCCAACCCCGACUCCCGCCGCAACUUCGCGCAAGUGCGCCGCUCCUGGAAGGCGUACGGCGCGUCCAAGGCGCACCGGGAGCUGCGCCUGCGCGCCAACGUGGUCGAGGCCGGCGAGCUCGUCGCGCUGCCGAAGGAGUCGGUCGUGGACUGGGUCCCCGGCGUGAUGAACCUCGCCAACGACCAGGGCAACCUGGGCUCCUUCAUCGUGACCAACCUGCGCGUGAUCUGGUUCGCGCAGCACAACGAGUCGUUCAACGUGUCCAUGCCGUACAUCACGCUGCUCUCCGUGCGCGUGCGCUCCUCCAAGUUCGGCCAGGCGCUGGUCCUCGAGGCCACCCCGCGCGGCGGCGGGUACCUCCUCGGGUUCCGCAUCGAGCCCGACACGCGCCUGAUGAAGGUCUUCGAGCAGAUCCGCAUGGUGUGGAAGAACGCGCUCAACGGGCCCAACCUCGGCACGUCCACCGCGCUCUCCCAGAUCGAGCAGGACGCCGCCACGCGCGAGAUCGAGGGCGUCAUCGAGGACGUCGAGAUCGUCGACUCCGAGGAGGCGCACGACACGCUGCUCGCCUACAUCCUCGACCCGGGCAGCUCCGCGAGCCGCGUGCCCGUGCUCAGCCGGGAGCUCGGCGUCGCCAUCGAGCCCCUCAAGGCCAGCGUGACGCUGGAGGACCUGUGGAGCGUGGUGUAG